AUGGCUUCGACGCGUCAACCACCGCCCUUGCAUAUCUACCAGGACAUCGGGCCUACUUCUCAUCCUCCACCCCCGUCGGUGACUCAGCCUCCCAACAAUCAACCUGUCGCUUUGAAUCAUCCCAAUCGCCUGCAGCCCUCGCCCAUGCCUCUGCAGCCCAUGAGAAACGCGUCCAUCAACAAGAAUUUCGCUCUGAAUCCUCUUCCUCCUCAUGGCCAAACCAAUGUCUCCCCAGUCAAAUCCCAACGGCGUCCCAGCAUGUCUGCUUCGGGCGGCUACCACCGCGACAAACUGAACUUUGUUCCGAUUUCUGCACCUCAUCCUGUCGCUUUCACUACAGAUUCACCAACUAAACAUUGCCAUAACGGCCGGGCAUAUUCCCAGGCCGCGCCCCCAAUUGUACAGCAUGCUCUCUUCACCACCUUUUCCAGCAUUCCAACAACGGACCAUGGACCCGGAGCGCAUCCUAUCAGCAUGCCGCACGAUAAAAAAUUUCCCAACACCCCUGGUUUCCACCAACAUCCUAUUGCAUACUCGAACGCCAACCCAGCUAAACGGAUGUUAAAGGAGCCUGCACCGUUGAUGAGAGACCGCUCUUCCAAGAAGCUCAAGCGCGAGGAACCAUCCGCCGUUCAGUUACCUGAUCCCGUGGAUAUGCCUCUAAUUGAAGAUGAUGGCUCAAAGCCCCCGUAUAGCUACGCCAUUCUUAUCGGAAUGGCCAUCCUUCGCGCCCCAAAUAGACGCCUGACUCUUGCUCAGAUCUACAAAUGGAUCUCAGACACCUUUGCCUUCUACCGUGCUGGCGAUUCAGGUUGGCAGAACAGUAUUCGCCAUAAUCUAAGCUUGAACAAGGCUUUUAUCAAACAGGAACGCCCAAAGGAUGACCCUGGAAAGGGCAACUACUGGGCCAUUGAGCCGGGAAUGGAGGCCCAGUUUUUAAGAGACAAGCCCUCGCGCCGAAACGUGGUCGCUGGCCUUGCCCAAUCCACCCCUCGCACAGAGCCGUGCAUUGAAUCGUCAUUGCAACCUCACCUCUACUCCACGCCAAUUGCUGCUGUCCACGCCACCGCUGAUAUAAUUACAGCCCCUCCUGCCGUCAGUGUCACAGCUCCUUCUACCGACUCUGCUGCUCCUUCCUCCGCCCCCGGUGCCAGUGCACCCAUCGCUCAUACAUCGACUUACAUGCCACCCCCUACCGUUCAGCCAUCCGACAAGGCUGCCAAUGUAGACUUGUCUUCGGAUGCGACUCUACCUGCCUCUGACCCUGCGCUCCAGGAAGACAGUGGAGAUGAAGCUGGACGCCUUGCCAUACCUCAUUCAACCCGAUUGCCCCACUCUUCUCCUCCGAACCCCAUCCAUUCUUCCCCUCCCAUUGCGCCUCCACUCUUUCAUCGUCAAGCAACUCCCCCAACUCCGUCCCGUCCGCUGACGGCUUCAGCUGCCAUUCCGCGCUCAAGGAAGCGCAGCUCUGCCGCAAUGAAUGAUAGCGGCUAUUAUUCUUCACUCGAAUCUUCUGCCCUGCGACCACAUAAGGCCGGUCACAUCUUAACUUCUGAUUUGGAUAUCGAACCUCCCCGUAUUAAGCGAGGCCGCGCUGAAGAGGAAAUUGCGCGCAUGCGAAGCUCGUCCCAUGACAUUAGCCCGUUACGUAUUGACGCACUCAAAGACAAUAUCCAGUUGAUUGGGUCUUCACCUCUCCGACAUGGAUAUAACACCAUGCUUCCUCCCCCUAUUACCCCUGCCAUUAAAUUCAAGAAACCAAUCAAACCCCCUUCUUCAGUUUCUCCAAACACAAACUUACAAAACCACCGUAAGAAGAUCCAACAAAUGGUUAAUUCUCCAAUCAAGCGCUAUGGUUUGACAGACGAUAUUCUCCCUUGGAGCCCUGCCUUCAACAUCCAAGACGAUACUUUCGUCUCGAAUGACAAUCUCAACAUCCCGUUUGACAUAUUCUCUGAACAGUUCCCUUCGACUAUUUCCACGCCUUCCCAUGGCUCCCCAGAGAAGUGUUCAGCGAAGCAUCCCCGUUCGGGCAGACUGAAUCCAAGCAGCAAUAUGCUUGCAGAUAUCACUCAUCUCCACGGCAAUAGUCGACUAAACACUCCCACGCUCAAGCCGUCCAAAGUGAGAGGUCUGAAGUACAAUGAAUCUCCAUCUAAAAACCCCAAUACUUCGCAGUUCAACGACAUCUCCCAGGAUGACUUAUUCUCAUUUAAUCUCUUCAGCGAAGAUACUGCAGAGGUUGACGGAAUCGAUCUCUUGCAAGGGUUUGAGAAAAUCGGUCAGUCGGGCAAAGCUGAUAACUCUCCCAAGCAAUUUCUUCAGAAUCAGUCAUAUUUUGGAUCCAGAGGCAACGCCACCAACAAUAACCUGCGGCUUCAGUGA